GUGUCUAGAAGUUGGAUUUCAUGGUUCCAAUCUCCCAUCAUCCUUCAACUACUCUGCCUAUAAUUCCCACUUCUCCCCUCCAAUCUCCUUCUAGGUGCCAAAGACCAAGUGUUUCCAUCUGUGCCUGGCUACACUUGCCUUCUUGCUCCCCUUCAUGGUCCUCCACAGAAUGAUGGGUGUUGAAGUCCAAGAACCACAUCACUCAGAAUUUGUGGAGGUUGAUCCCACUGGAAGAUAUGGCAGAUACAAUGACAUCCUUGGCAGGGGAGCUUCAAAGACAGUUUAUAGGGCUUUUGAUGAGUAUGAAGGUACUGAGGUUGCCUGGAACCAAGUGCAGCUCCAUGAUUUCCUGAAGAGCCCUGUCAACCUGGAGAGGCUUUAUUGUGAGAUCCACCUUCUCAAGACUUUGAAGCACCAGAACAUUAUGAGGUUUUAUGCCUCUUGGUUGGACACCUGCCACUCGAACAUCAAUUUUGUUACUGAGUUGUUCUCCUCUGGCACUCUCAGGCAGUAUAGGCAAAAGCACAGAAGGGUUAAUAUCAGGGCAAUAAAGCAUUGGUGUAGGCAGAUCCUUAGUGGCCUUCGUUACCUCCACAGCCAUGACCCCACUAUCAUCCACAGGGACCUCAAGUGUGACAACAUCUUCAUUAAUGGGAACCAAGGUGAGGUCAAGAUCGGUGAUCUCGGCCUAGCUGUUAUACUCCAGAAUUCACCUGCUGUCCGUUGUGUUGGAACACCAGAGUUCAUGGCUCCAGAGGUAUAUGAGGAGGAAUACAAUGAACUAGUGGACAUAUACUCGUUUGGGAUGUGCGUCUUGGAAAUGGUCACUUUCGAGUACCCUUACAGCGAAUGCGCCCACCCUGUGCAGAUAUACAAGAAAGUUAUCUCUAGGACCAAACCUGAAGCUUUGUAUAGAGUGAAGGACCCUGGGGUAAGGCAAUUUGUUGAAAAAUGUCUUGCCGCAGCAUCUGAAAGGUUUUCUGCCAGGGAUCUGCUUAAUGAUCCUUUUCUUCAAGUCGAUGAUUUUGGUUUUCAUUAUGUUGAAGGAAACGUCAGCAGUAUCGGUCAUAUUCUGAGGAAACCUUCCCUUGAAUUUAUUCAAGUUAAAUGCUCCUUGACCGCUAAUGAGCAUGCAAACAGUCUUUGCCAUGAGAUGGAAUUGGAGAAUAGCUGGGGCUAUGAUGCCACCAAUGUUCGAGUGCAGAGAGCAGACAUCUUCCACAGUCACGAAGAUGCGAGUCCUGCUAAUGUGGACAUUACAAUCGAAGGAAAUAGAAGAGAAGACGGGAUCAUCUUCUUGAGGCUAAGGAUUUCAGACAAAGAUGGUCAUGUACGAAACGUUUAUUUCCUCUUUGACAUUGAAGCUGAUACUUCAAUGAGUGUCGCCACCGAGAUGGUAGCAGAGUUAGAUAUUACAGAGUAUGAUGUGACUAUAAUAGCAGAUAUGAUUGAUCGAGAGGUUGCUUCACUUGUACCACAGUGGAAGCUAGGUCCAGCAGUAGAAGGAAUUCCAGGACUUCCUUCACCAGCCUUCUGCCAGAAUUAUGCCUGCAAUGUUUCAUCAUGCGGUUCUCUUCUGGACUCCCUCUCAUUGAAAAAUCAAUACACUAAAAUAAAAUCAGUUCACUGCUGCCAAAUUGAAUGCGACGAAACACGUGGUUAAUUUGAAGAGAUAGCAUACAAAGUCAAAUGAUCCAAUCUUCGUGCGGGUUGCUAUUGGUAAGUCAACCUGAUGGGCCUGAUGGUAGCUACUUGAAAUUGAGGUUUAAUCACUCGAAUGAAGAAUGUGAAUAACUUGACCUAUCGAUAAGAGAUGAAAAGGUUAUACACAUGGAUGACUGCAUAAAAAACGACUUGAGAAUAUCUCUGCACCAGUUGUGCUUGGGAUCUCACCAGCGACACUGUCUUCAUUUAUCACAACUUACUCAUAUUACGGAAAUGUUCCGGAAAUAUUCAUGAGCUGCAUCACUCAAGGUAUCAGAUGGAACUACAAGAACAAAGCAAUCAACAGCUAUGAGGAUAAAAAGGAAUGUUGCACCCAUCCCAGACUUUGGCGAAAAUCACGUUCUUCACUUCUUAAAUCUGUACUAGUUUCCAAUGAAAGAAGACUGGUGGAGUCCAUUUUCACUGGGGAAACAUUACUCAUUCCAUAUCCUUCAAAUUGACACAAAUCAUGCCUCUACGAUCAGGACGGCCCCUGAUGAUUUGAAUUAGGUGAAGUCUGCAGGCGGUCCUGUUUUAAUGUUCAUGUCAAAGACCUUGUAUCCUGAGGUCGUUAUCGCAAGUGCACAUGCCACAACCAAGAUUUUUCCCGCCUGCAAGGCUCUUUCAGAUCCACACUGCCACUGUAUAUGACUUCAUUCCAAAUAUUUUGCAUCAGAAGUUAUAGUCCUUCACCUGCCAUAUUUGUGUAUUGUUCUUUAUGUAUUCUUUCAUUAAUCCAUGUAAAACAGUUUAUUAUUAGGAUAGACAAGGAUUGUUAUCUGUAUGCAUAUACUGCAAUAGAUACUAAAGCCGCAUA